AAUCCAGGAUGAGGGCCUUGGCUCAGGCCCUGCCUUCUCUACUGCUGAGACUACUGCUCACGCCCACCCCAGACGCCCUGGGUACCAACCCCGGCCUGGUGGUCAGGAUCACCGACAAGGGCCUAGAGUAUGUGGCUAGGGAGGGGUCGAUGGUUCUGCAGAAGGAACUGCUCAGAAUCACGCUGCCUGACUUCACCGGGGACUUCAAAAUCAAGCCCUUUGGCCGAGGGCACUAUGGGUUCCACAGCCUGAGCAUCCACAGCUGUGAAUUGCGUGGCUCUGCUCUGACGCCCCUGCCCGGCCAGGGCCUGAGUCUCACCAUCUCUGACUCCUUCAUCAGAGUCCAGAGCGAGUGGAAGGUGCGCAAAGCAUUCGUGAAACUACAUGGCUCCCUUGAUGUGCAGGUCAAGGGCAUUACCAUUUCGGUCAACCUUGUCUUGGGCAGGGAGCCCUCUGGGAGGCCCACCGUCACUGCCUCCGGCUGCAGCAGCCACAUUCGAGACGUGGAAGUGGACAUAUCGGGAGAUUUGGGGUGGCUGUUGAAUCUUUUCCACAACCAAAUUGAGUCCAGGUUCCGCAGAGUAUUGGAGAGCAAGAUUUGCGAAAUGCUCCAGAAUUCGGUGACCUCGGACCUACAGCCUUAUCUCCAAACUCUGCCAGUCACAACAGAGAUCGACAGUUUCGCUCGUAUUGAUUACAGUUUAAUGGAAGCCCCUCAGGCAACAGCCCAAAUGCUGGACGUGAUGUUUAAGGGUGAAAUUUUUAACCGUGAGCACUAUUCCCCUGUCAGCUUCCUUGCUCCUGUCAUGAGCCUUCCUGAGCAAUACAACCGAAUGGUCUAUUUUGCCAUCUCUGAUUAUGUCUUCAACACAGCCAGCGUGGUUUAUCAUGAGGCAGGAUUCCUGAACUUCUCCAUCACAGAUGACAUGGUUCCCCCUGGCUCUAACAUCCGGCUAACCACCAAGUCCUUCCGCCCCUUCGUCCCCAGGUUAGCCAGACUGUACCCCAACAUGAACUUGGAGCUCCAGGGAGCAAUGGCCUCUGCCCCAUUCCUGAACUUCAGCCCUGGGAAUCUGUCCUUGACUCCCGUUAUGGAGAUUGAAGCCUUUGUGCUCCUGCCCAGCUCUGCCAAGGAGCCUGUCUUCCAGCUUGGUGUGGCUACUAAUAUGUCCGCCAUGUUGACCUUCAACACCAGCAAGAUCACUGGGUUCCUGAAACCAGGAAAGAUACAAGUGGAGCUGAAAGAAUCUAAAGUUGGAGUGUUCAAUGUGGAGCUGUUGGAGGCGCUACUCAACUACUACAUUCUCAACACCCUCUACCCCAAGGUCAAUGAGAAGUUGGCAGAAGGCUUCCCCCUUCCUCUGCUCAAGGAUAUUCGGCUCUAUGACCCUGUUCUUGAGAUCCACAAGGACUUCCUGUUCCUGGGCACCAACCUCCAGUACAUGAGAGCUUGAGGGCAGGGACACAGCCAGGGUUUGGAGGCCACAGCUGGAUUGGCAACUUGCAUUUCCAGAUGUGCCGUGUAUUCCCAGCGAUUCUGGGAAGGUGAAGACUUCUCUGUUCUCAGCUCUGGGGGAGAGGUCCACCUGGCCUCUGCCCCCAUACUGCUUCUCUUCAGCAGGUGCACCCACACCCUCUCUGAUUCUGGGCUUCACUGCCCCCACCUCACCCAAGACGGGCCAUCUUCCCGCCCUGGCCUGGACUAUCUUUAAGGGCAGGCAUCAUCUUUUUUAGUCACCAUCUGAUCCCUGUACCUGGCACUUAGUAGAUCCUCAAUAAAUAUUUAUUGAAUGGUUCAA